AUGGCGAUGAUACUGCCCAAGGGCAUUGUAGUUAAUACGCCCGAGAUUGAACACAACAUCGAACGCAUAGCAUCCGAACCGUUGGAUCCUGCAGAUAUCGCCAAAUUCUGGAAAGUUUAUACAACUACGCAAAGGAGGCUUCGUGAUCCGACCGCGGAACGGUUGGAAAAUUACUGGUGGCGCAUUUGGGGAAGUCGAAAACGGCAGUUGGAUGGUGCUACCGUGGCAGGCAUGUUUGCCCAUAUUUCCGAUGGCCUAAGCUUUGUACCACUACGAGGCCCUGCGAAUCGUGAUGAGGGAUCACCACCGCUGGAGAGAAAAGAUCGAUUUACGCCCAGUGCUGCGAGCGCUGCCACGCUGCCAACGGCAGAUCCAAGUCGAAAUGGAACUGGAAAUAAUCUCUCCUCCAAAAGUCCCGUGGUUAUGCCACCUCCUAUCUUAAAAAAAUCUCGAGGCCCUUCUACAACUGGUCCGCGUCCCACAGCUCGCUUCAUUUCGCCACAUGAAUCCGAGAAUGAAGCCGAGAGAAAUUCAUCCGCCGGCUCAAACGCUGUAGUACAAGCCCCUUCGCCCGGUAGUAAAAAUGCGAAAUUUGAAAAGAAGUCGCCCGUGGUUGGUAAGAAGAAGGCGGGAUUUGUAGCUGCGGGGGCUACAAAAAAGAAGCGACCUGUAUAUGUACGGCGGCAGAAUUCGCAAUCUUCUGCGGAUAGUGUAAAAACUCAUGAUAGCCCGAAAAUUCCAAGUUCGCAAGGUUCGGCGCAGUCUUCAUUAGGAAGGUCGCCUUUGGGCAGAUCACCACCUUUAAUGGCAGCGCCAGGACCUUCUCGUGGAAAUCAGCAAGCAACUUCGAAAUUUCAAGAGCAGUUUUCUCCUGACCCACCUGUUACUUCUGCUCCAAGACAGCAAAGCGAAUCGAGAAAAGAUGCGAAAGGUUCAAAGACUUCAACUUCAAAAUCUCAGACUACCAAGUCUCGUGAGCGUAAACCGGAGGUGAAGUCACCGAGACCAUUGGAAAAACAAAGUUCUGGAAACGUGCCUCGGGAUCAGCGGGCAUCUCAGUCUACACAGUCUGUGAUAUCACCAACAACCGCGGAAGAGGAUGAAGUCUUGAGUCUGGAAGGUUCAACGCGGCAAAAUACCGAGCUGAAUAGAAGGCCGACGGAUGACCGUAGCAGAAAUCAAUUCCUUCAAAGAUCAAGUUCGGGUAUGGGAUCUAAUGCCUUGGGUAUCAUGCAUCACGACAGGAAGAGUAGUGCCAGUUUAGCAUCUACUUUGACUCCAGCGACUGGACAGCUUCAGCUUGGUGAUGCGGCCGUAGACUUUGAAGAAGAACCAUCACCAAAACGACCUGCCGCCAAGGACAAAGGAAAAGGGAGAGCCGAGGGGGAGCCUGAAAGAGACGACUUAUUCACAAAACGACCGGUACAGCCAGUUCCAAUAGCCGCACCCUCGGAACCUGUAGGAUCACUUGCCAGGAGCAAGAGUCAACUUACACUAUUACUGGAGAAAGACCAGAAGGAUCGAGCGAAGAACGAGGUUAAUAAACCGAAUGGAAAACGACGAUGA